AUGGAAGCGGCGAUGUUGGCGUCGGCUGUGGGGUUCCUGCUCCUGGCCUGGGUCGGGGCUUCGGCCGGCGACGAGGCCCGGGAGGAAGCCGCCGUGCGGGCGCUGGUGGCCCGGUUGCUGGGGCCGGGGCCCGCGGCUAACUUCUCGGUGUCGGUGGAGCGCGCCCUGGCGGCCGAGUCCGGCUUGGACACGUACAGCCUGAGCGGCGGCGGCGGCGGGGCGCCCGUGCGCGUGCGCGGCUCCACGGGCGUGGCGGCCGCCGCGGGGCUGCACCGCUACCUGCGCGACUUCUGCGGCUGCCAGGUGGCCUGGUCGGGCUCGCAGCUGCACCUGCCGCGACCGCUGCCCGCCGUGCCGGGGGAGCUGACGGAGGCCACGCCCAACAGGUAUCGCUAUUACCAGAAUGUGUGCACGCACAGCUACUCCUUCGUGUGGUGGGACUGGAACCGCUGGGAGCAAGAGAUUGAUUGGAUGGCCCUGAACGGCAUCAACCUGGCGCUAGCCUGGAAUGGCCAGGAAGCCAUCUGGGAGCGGGUGUACCUGGCCUUGGGCCUGACCCAGUCAGAGAUUGACGACUACUUUGCUGGUCCUGCCUUCCUGGCUUGGGAGCGCAUGGGCAACCUGCAUACCUGGGGUGGCCCUCUGUCCCACUCCUGGCACCUCAAGCAGCUUUACCUGCAGCAUCAGAUUCUGGACCGGAUGCGCUCCUUUGGCAUGAUCCCCGUGCUGCCUGCAUUUGCAGGACAUGUCCCCAAGGCUAUCACCAGGGUGUUUCCACAGGUCAAUGUCACCCAGUUGGGCAGCUGGGGGCACUUCAACUGUUCCUAUUCCUGCUCCUUCCUUUUGGCUCCGAAAGACCCUGUAUUCCCCCUCGUCGGGAGCCUCUUUCUAUGGGAACUGACCAAGGAGUUUGGCACAGACCACAUUUAUGGGGCUGACACGUUCAACGAGAUGCAGCCACCCUCCUCAGAGCCCGCCUACCUCGCUGCAGCUACCACAGCCGUCUAUGAAGCCAUGAUUGCUGUGGACCCUAGUGCUGUGUGGCUACUCCAAGGCUGGCUCUUCCAGCAUCAGCCCCAGUUCUGGGGACCUGCCCAGAUCAGUGCUGUGCUGGGGGCUGUGCCCCGUGGUCGCCUCCUGGUUCUGGACCUGUUUGCUGAGAGCCAGCCUGUGUAUGUCCGCACAGCUUCCUUCCAGGGCCAGCCCUUCAUCUGGUGCAUGCUACACAACUUUGGGGGCAACCAUGGCUUGUUCGGAGCCCUGGAGGCCGUGAACCGAGGCCCUGAGGCAGCUCGCCUCUUUCCCAACUCCACCAUGGUAGGCACUGGCAUGGCCCCUGAGGGCAUUGGCCAAAAUGAAGUGGUCUAUGCCCUCAUGGCUGAACUGGGCUGGCGCAAGGAGCCCGUGCCAGAUUUGGCAGCCUGGGUGAGCAGCUUUGCGGACCGGCGGUAUGGAGCUGUCCAGCAAGAUGCAGAGGCAGCCUGGAGGCUGCUGCUCAGGAGUGUCUACAACUGCUCCGGGGAUGCCUGCCGUGGACACAAUCACAGCCCAUUGGUAAAGCGGCCAUCCCUACAGAUGAAUACUACUGUCUGGUACAACCGGUCAGAUGUGUUUGAGGCCUGGCGGCUGCUACUAACAGCUGCUCCCAACCUGACCAACAGCCCAGCCUUCCGCUAUGACCUGCUGGAUGUCACCCGCCAGGCAGUGCAGGAGCUGGUCAGUUUGUACUAUGAGGAGGUGAAGGCUGCCUAUAUGAACAAGGACCUUGUGCCCCUCCUCAGGGCUGGAGGCCUUCUGGCCUAUGAGCUCCUGCCAGCACUGGAUGUGGUGCUGGCUAGUGACAGCCACUUCCUGCUGGGCAGCUGGCUGGAUCAGGCCCGGGCUGUGGCUGUGAGUGAGGCUGAGGCCCAGUUAUAUGAGCAGAACAGCCGCUACCAAUUGACCCUGUGGGGACCCGAGGGCAACAUCCUCGACUAUGCCAACAAGCAGCUGGCAGGACUGGUGGCUGAUUACUACCAGCCUCGCUGGUGCCUCUUCUUGGAGGUCCUGGCUCACAGCUUGGCCCAAGGCAUCCCUUUCCAACAGCGCCAAUUUGACAAGGAUGUCUUCCCUCUGGAGCAGGCCUUUGUUCUCGGCAAGAGGAGAUAUCCCAGCCAGCCCCAAGGGGACACUGUGGACCUGGCCAAGAAGAUCUUCCUUAAGUAUUCCCCCCGGGGGAUUUCUGGCUCUUUGUGACAGAUUAACUUCCUGGAGGCCUGCUGGAGCAGGUCCUGGAGCUGGACAGACAUAGGGUAGUCCCCAGGCCUGGGAGGAACCAAGGACUGACCAUGGGGAUGGCUCAGAGGGAAGUGAGCUCCUUUCUACCACUAUCCCAGAUUUGGGGUUGACGUACUGUUAUUUGUCAACUUAAUAAAUGGAUGAAUUAGC